UCUCCUCACCAUCCCCACGAUACGAUCUUCUUCAUUUUCUUGUGCUUCCCCCCACUACUUCAAAUUCUCCAGUCUUCUUUUUCUUCCUCCUCCCUAAUUUGUGAAGAAAUCUUAGGAGCUUAUUUAGCAUGUCAAGUAGUAAAGGGAAGGAUGUAGGAGAAGGAGAAGGAGAAGGAUCGUCGGGUGAUCAUCAUCAGGCGACGGCGGUGCCAGUGAUGACGGUGAGUCGAUACGAAUCACAGAAGCGACGAGAUUGGUACACUUUCGGGCAGUACUUGAGAAACCAGAGACCUCCGCUGGCAAUGUCACAGUGCAAUUCCAGCCAUGUGUUGGAUUUCCUCCGCUACCUUGACCAAUUUGGGAAGACGAAAGUGCACUUAAAUGGGUGUGGAUUCUUCGGGCAGCCCGAGCCAGCAGGGCCCUGUACUUGCCCCCUCCGCCAGGCUUGGGGUAGCCUCGACGCCCUCAUCGGCCGCCUUCGGGCAGCUUACGAAGAGAACAAUGGAGGGUCUUUAGAGACAAACCCAUUUGCGAGUGGUGCUAUCAGAAUCUAUUUGCGAGAAGUGAGAGACUCCCAAUCCAAGGCGAGAGGAAUUCCUUAUAAGAAGAGGAACAAAAAGAAGAACACAUCAAAGAUGGAGCAAGGUCCCUAAAUUAUAAAUUCCCAAGGCUUUGGAUUAGCCAGCUGCAGUGGCAUGUGUUUUGGAGAUCUCAGUUGCAUCAAUGGAUCAUAUUAUUGCAAGUUCUUUUUGAAUUAAUGUUUAAUUAAUUACUUGUUUUUAUUUGGUCCUUCAAAUUGGAGUUUGAGCACUGCUAGUUUUGAUUUCUUGAUGAGAUCAUGUGGGUAUGUUGCAAAAAUGUUCUCUUUUCUUAUUGUUUUUUUGCUGUCAAAUUUAUUAUAUUAUUCAGCAUGGAUUAUCGGAAGUUAAUGUCGUUUGCUUUCAAA